AAGAGACAAUUGAGUCCUGAAGAUCAUAUUCGAGGAGCAAGUAAACUUCAUUCAUCAUGGCAAGUGACAGUCAAGAAAAAAGUUCUUCAAAAACCGCUUCAGACCGAAUAUCCCAAGUCACCGGUCACAUUUCCAACACAUGCCCAAAACGUCGAGGUCCUAAGACCAAAAACGAUCUCCCAGCCGAUUAUUCAGAUAUUCUCGGAACAAUCUCCUCACUAAAACAAAUAGCCAGUACACCUGAUCUCACCAAUAAAGGUUAUAUUCGUCAAAAGCAAGCCGGGAAACUCUGGGUCCGGGAACGUGUUCUUCAACUACUUGAUAAAGAUAGUUUUCGAGAAGUAGGUUCUGUUUCUGGGACUGUUGUAUGGAAGAAAUUAGAUGCAAUUGAAGGAAACGGCCAAAAAGAGGAGCCGGUUUCUUAUAUACCGAGUAAUAAUGUGCAAGGUUUCGGAUUGUUGAGGGGAAGGAAAGUACUAUUUACAGCAGAUGACUUUAGUAUCCGCGCUGGUCAUGCGGAUGGUGCGUUGAUGGAAAAGACGAUUUAUAUAGAGAAGUUAGCUGUUGCAUUGAGGCUACCAAUUAUCAAAUUGGUAGAUGGGUCUUCAGGAGGAGGUUCAGUUACGACUAUUCGCAAAGAUGGGUAUUCGUAUAUACCGCCCAUGCCAUCUUUUAAUCAUGUGGUGCAGCAACUGAAUAUGGGAAUUCCAAACCUAGGAGCUGUGUUAGGACCAGCUAUAGGACUUGGGGCUGCUAGAGUUGUUGCGUGUCACUUUUCGGUUAUGGCUGCCGAUGUUGGAGCAUUGUUUAAUGCAGGACCGAAAGUUGUUGCUGGUGAGUUUAUUAUACUUGUGAAAAAAAAGAUGUUAAAUAAUAAUAGGAGCAACAUUUGAGGAAGGACUUACAUUUACGGAGCUUGGUGGACCCAGUAUGCAUUGUACAAAUGGUACAAUUGACAACAUGGCAGCAAAUGAGCAAGAAUGUUUUGAGCAAUUGCGGGCUAUUUUGAGUUAUUUGCCAAACUCUGGGGCUUCUCUACCACCUGCUGUAAGCACUGAAGAUCCGGCCGACCGACUUUGUGGGGAGCUACGUACAAUUAUUCCACGUCGGAAAGCAAGAAUGUACGAUCCGCGAAAGAUCAUAACGACUGUAGUUGAUACAGAAAGCUGGUUCGAAAUCGGAGCACUUUGGGGAACCACUGCAAUUGUUGGUCUUGCCAGACUUGCCGGUCGGCCUAUUGGAAUCAUAUCAUUAAAUUGUGAAAUAAACGCCGGAGCACUUGAUGCUGCUGGAAGCCAAAAGAUCACACGGCAUCUAAAAUUCUGCGAUAUUUUUAAUAUUCCUAUAUUACAAUUUGUCGACAUCCCAGGUUAUGCAAUUGGAACAGUAGCAGAAAGAACAGCGACCAUGAGACAUGGAGUAGCACUUGCGACGACAUAUUAUUCUACGACGACUCCAGUUUUCAGCGUUGUGACGAGAAAAGCAUAUGGUGUAGCUGGUGGAAUAAUGCUUGAUUGUAGAGAUCCUCGUUUUCGCGUGGCCUGGCCAAGUGGUGAAUGGGGAAGUCUUCCAUUAGAUGGAGGUAUUGAAGUUGGACAUGCUGCAGAAUUGAAAGCAGCGGGAGCCAAUGGGAAUCGGGAGGAGAGAUAUAAAGAGCUAGAAGAAGAAUAUACUCGAUUAAUGAAUCCAGUCAGAACAGCAAAUGCGUUUGGUGUUGAAGAGAUCAUAGAUCCUGCUGUUACCAGACAGGUUGUUUGUGAAUGGUCGAAGCAUGUGUAAGUGAUAUUCUCUUCUGAAAUUUGUGGUAGUAGCUAAUGUGAGAUAGAUAUGAGGAAUUGUUGCCCAUCAGACUUUUGGAUCGAGCAAACGGAAAGAUCCAUCCAAUCUUCUACUAAAAGGAAAAGUCGACGCCAUUGACCGGCCAGAUUUUCCGCCCUGUCAAUAAAUUUGAGUAGUGGCCCGGUCAGGAUAAUUGACGAACCUCCCAGACCUCAAUUCAGGACAGUCCGAAGCUUUCUGGUUUCUUGAUUGGUUGUGAAAAGCAAAAUACAUACACCGUAGACAGGAAUAAAUGAGAGCACGUGCAAUGAUCUUGCCCCUGCAUCGAAUAUUCUUCGUUUCUUCACUGAUGACGGGGCGCAGACAUACGGAACGGAAGCACAUGAGUGGCUUGUCCUAUUGGAACAACCAACAUUCUCAUGAACAAAUACAAUCAAAUCUGACUCAUGGUAUGAAACAUCCCCACACAAAUUGCGAGGUAGAAAAUGGCACACGUCUCAUCUGAUAUACCACAACGAAUCACUUUGUAUCAGCGCAGAGUAGAUCAAACCAAAAAUACCAAGGCACACGCAAUAUCACACAAGAUAGGUUUUGCGUCUGAAAAUUAAUUAUGAUAGCAGGGGAAAUAUAAUAUUGGAGGACUAAAAGAAA